AAAAGAAUGAACAUUAUUUUCUCGCUUUUAUAUCUGCGAUAGUGCUGAGUAAAAUCCACCCACCACAUCGCUUUCUUUUGUUUAGACACGAAGCGCUCCGUCAUCUGUUGACGAUGUUUGCGUUGGUUGGCGGUUUUAUGUAUAUUGGCUAUCUUUACGGCAAGACAGACAGCGGCAAUAGAAAUAAAUAUGUGAGUGUCGUGUGUCCUAUAGGCUAUACGUUAUUGUUUAACUCUAAUGCCACACAAUCAGGGGCUGGUGUCUAGUAUCCCCCUAGAGAAGUCCAGUACCACCCUGAAUAAUCUGCUUGACCAUACAUUUUCUUCUUUUUUUGAAUAGCGAUUAGCGGAACUUCUACUGUUAGCGCGUGUCGAUUUCUCAAAACGAUUUAAUUGAUUUGUGAGCUCACGAGAAAAUACUCAGAAUGCUUUAGUUAAAUAUCAUGGUUAAAUAUGUAAACAUGUCGAGGUUGUUAUACAGCCAUAUUUUCAAAUAUACUGUACUUUAACAAGCAAAUUUACUGUACUGUGCUACAGCAACUGUCCAGUCACGCAUACGUGAUAAAAAGCCGAUGAAAACUUUAUAAACAAAAGAUAAUGUAAAACGUGACAAAAUGGCGAACAUGCAGAUUCGGCCAUCUCAAAUAAUGGUAAUGUUGGGAUAGUAGCGUUGCAGACUGCAGAGGAGAGUGGGUAGUAAGGCUCCCUCAUGCACCACCCCAUGGAAAACCUGCACCCCUCCUUGCAGAUGAAGCUAGAUCUGUCCCUGGACUCUAUCAAGCCUGUUUAGUUUGAAAAGAGUACUAGACAUUGUCUUUCUUUGUUUUUUAGACACCGAAACAGUUCCCUUAUAAUGAUAAUCAUCAUAUCUAUAAGAAUGGCGACCCCACACAAAGACUUAAAAUAAACUAAAUGUUAAAGAUUAUUUUGUAAUGUAAAUAUAUAUUUGUCAUCUGGUCAGGAACGUUAGUAUGUUCUGAAAUUUUGUUGAAUAAAAUUUACCAUUUGA